AUGAUUGUGGACCCUAAGAGCAUGAAGCCCGACGAUGCGACGUGGGUACUCACUUCGUCCUUCGUCAUCUUCACCAUGCAGACAGGCUUUGGACUUCUCGAGUCCGGUUGCGUGUCCAAGAAAAACGAGGUGAACAUCCUGAUGAAGAACGCUGUGGACGUGGUCUUGGGUGGCCUGACCUACUGGAGCGUCGGAUACGGUCUGCAAAAUGGCCAAGGACCCGGCACCAACCCGUUCUGCGGCGUCGGCUCUUUCUUCCUGGACGCCAGCUCAGAGGUGAUGGGCGAGGAGUUCGCCAUGUUCAUCUUCCAGCUGUCCUUUGCCACCACGGCCACCACUAUCGUGUCCGGCGCCAUGGCCGAGCGCACAAACUUCCACGCGUACUGCCUCUUCUCGGCGCUCAGCACUCUCAUGUACUGCAUACCCGCCGGCUGGGUGUGGAGCAGUCACGGAUUCCUCAACCGCAUCGGCGUCAUCGACUUUGCCGGCUCGGCCUGCGUUCACUUGCUAGGCGGCACGUCGGGACUGGUCUCGGCCCUGGUGCUCGGCCCCAGACUCAGCUGGGACAGGCACAGCAGGCCGCGGAUGGGCAACCCCACGAACGCUAUGAUUGGCGCAUUCACCCUGUGGUGGGGCUCACUCGUCUUCAACAGUGGGAGCACGUUCGGCAUAUCCGACGAGAAAUGGCAUUUUGCCGCCAGGUCAGCUGUCUCCACCAUCAAUUCUUCUAUCGGUGGUGGUCUUGUUGGCACCAUUGCAACCUACCUGGUCCACAAGCAUUUCGACAUUGAAGACAUCAUCACUUCCAUCCUUGGAUCACUGGUGUCGAUAACAGCCGGUUCAGCUUUCUACCGUUCUUGGGAAGCGUUGUUGAUCGGCGCUGUGGGCGGCCUGUGCACCACUCCGGUGCCGUCCUUGCUGCGGCGCUGGUUGAGCGUCGACGACCCCGUGAACGCGGCAGCCAUUCACGGCGUGGGCGGCCUUUGGGGCAUGCUGGCCGUCGGCCUGUUCCUGGACACCACCCGAUACCAGGGGCUGCGACACCACCGCCUCGGUCUCUUCAAAGGCGGCGGCGGCAGUCUUCUGGGCAUCCAGUUCGCCGCCUGCCUCACCAUCGUCGCCUGGAGCGCGGGAGUCACCUUUCUCGUGCUUAAGGUGAGGACUUAUGUUGCGAAGUUCAUCAACAGAGUCACGCCUCUACGCAUGCGGCCUGGAGACGAGUUGUUGGGAGCGGAUUUUGUGGAACACUGCAUCGAGCACCGGGAGCCCGAAGACUCAUUCCCGGCGAACCAUUUUCUCCGAGACAACAGUGCGGAGACCGAUCCUCCAGAUGUCAGCUUGCUCCGCGCCGAAGACGAAGGCGAGGCGUACCAAAAGGAGGACGUUCUCGUCGAGCACAAAGAAAUGGAACAUGCUUCAAGCGUCGACGACGUGUCACCGGUGGAUUGCACCUCACCCGACUUCCAGCGGGGCGCGGCAACUUCCUUUUGGGAGGCCAUGAACUCAGAGGGCCACGAUGGCCUCGCCAACAAGGACUCGAUGAGUCAGCAGGAGGUAACCAUCAGGCUGGUGGCCAACUACAGGAGCAACUGUACCAUCGCCUAG